AGCCUGCAACGCAGAGAGAUUUGCGAGAGAUGUCAGAGUCGGAAAAUGAACAGAAAUCGUAGGCGGAGUUGGCCGAAUAGUUUGUUAUCCAGUCCAGGAUCGAAUGAUGGUGGCAACCUCAUGAUCCGCAAGAGUCAAAGCUCGUCUAGCGUUCUGCCCCAAACGGCCGGUGGGUCCUUCGCUACGGAUCCUUCGUCAACGGACCCAGGCGAGACCAGGAGCAGAAUUGCGUCCCUCACGUCGGGGUCGGUGGUUAUGUCCUCGUACCGUGAGGAGGCCCUCAAACACACGAACUUACACAUUCCUCACGUGCUCCUUGAGGGGAAUCAACCUGACUCCAGAAAAGUUAAUGAAGCUACAGGUACGAAUGACAGCGAUUUGGAGCCGGAGUCGACGCUGCGUUUCCAGUCUAGGGAGAAGGUCCUUAAGUAUGGAGUGGAUUCCAAGUUAAGCUCCAGUGGCUGGGACGUCUAUGACAAGGAGGAGCCCCUAAUUACCAAAACAAAGAAGUACUAUAAAAAGCGAGCUCCGCUGGUGCCGCGUUUUGAUGACUCCGAGGAAUCCUUAUUAGAGAACGAGGGCAAAGCCAAAUCCGACACCGUGCGCGUAGUUCCCACAUUCAAUCGUACCUUCCCAGCCUCAGAGAGAAGAUCCCGAAAUACUGAUUGGAUCAUUGGGGCACCAUCUGAUGAUGUGGCAACCACUGAUUCGUUUCGCUUCUCGGACGGUGGACUCGGUGCAGAAGAAGGUUUCAGAUCCCACAGAAGUGACGGGACUGUGCUAGGAAAGGGAAUGGGUUUUAUCUACAUGAUUAUACCGCCGGACGGUGGCUUCGGCUGGUGGAUCAUGGUGCUCAGCUUUUUCUCCCAAGUAAUCGUCGACGGCAUCAUCUUCUCCAUUGGCAUCCUGCUACCGGAAAUAAGCAAGGAGUUCGGGAUUCCAAUUUCGGAGGCUGUGCUUGUGGCCAGUGUCCAGAUCGGUUCGUACUUUACCUUCGGAGCUAUAGCCAGUGCCCUCAUAAACCGUUUUGGAUUUCGGCCGGUGGCCAUUUUCGGAGUUCUUGCCUCCGCCAUGACCAUUAUGGCGGCUAGCUUUGUAAAUAGCGCCGUUCUCCUGGUUGCGCUCUAUAGUGCCGUUGGUGGCUGUACCCUGAGCAUGAUCUGGGUGAGCUCCCAGCUGAUUGUGGGCUACUACUUCGAACGAUACCGACCGAUCGCCAAUGGCUUCUCGUGCAGCGGCGCAGGAGCGGGGAUAUUUAUCUUCGCCUUCCUCACUAAUUACCUUCUCCCCAUUAUUGGAUGGCGAAACGUGCUCCGGAUGCAGGUGGGCUUCCUCUUACUCAUUCUGUUCAUGUCCAUUGCCUACGUCGAAGUGCCUCCCACCCCAGUGGGUGUGUACAAUCGCGAGGUGGACGAAUCCAGUUCUGAGGAGUACUACGGCAAUUUUUACGUCCAGGACUUUAUGCGUUUCUCCAAGGAGUCCUCGUACAGCAAGACGCGCAGUCUAAUGAGUGUUUACGAGCCGCCAAAGAAGCGGAGGUGUGCCAAGUGCUGCUCCUGCUGCCGGGUCAAGAAAAAAGAUUCAGAGCCCCACAGCUUCGAGGAGAAAACUCUAAUCAUAAAACCUACUCCAAUGCAGCGGGAGGAUCUCUUUUACACGGGCCCUGCCGACUAUGACGAGCCUCACAGCAAGGAGAACGUUGAUGGCAAGGACAUCUAUUUGAUAGGAAACACCAGAAGUACCAAGCAAGCCAACUAUGCCAUCCAUCAUAUUCAAAAAUCGGACGAUCCGGGCAAGAAGAGCGCUGCGGCAAGUCGACAUACGUUAGACUACCGCCAUCAACCAAAGAAACGGUCCUGCAUGGAUAACAUGUUCGUGAAGGCCCUGUUUCGACUGUUUGACUUCCAUCUGCUGAAGCAGUUCGAGUUCCGGGUGCUGGUGGCCUCCGCCUUUCUCUUCCCCAUGGGCAUGAACAUACCCUUUGUCUACUCCAAGGCCCGGGUAACCAUCAGCAAGGAGUACGCCUAUUUCAUAACGCCGGCCAUUGGACUCUCCAACUUCGCGGUGAGAAUUGUGUGCGGCUUUAUAGCCUACAAGAAACGCGAGCUGGACACGCUUGUUUGCGGCGGCGGGCUGGCUUUUGGAGGACUAGUCGUCCUGGGUAGCGCCUUCUACGGCACGGACUUGGUGUGGUUCCAGAUAUUCUACGGACUGUGCUAUGGCGUGGCGCCAGCCGUCUACUCCACGCUGCGGGCUCUGAUCUACGUAAGGUAUCUGGGGCUGUCGAAGCUUACGAAUGCCUUCGGCAUCACCGCUCUGGCUAUGGGACUGGGCGUAUUCAUGGGCACCACCAUUAGCGGCAUGAUGGUAAGCAUCACGAAGGACUAUGUGGUGCCCUUUGCCUUUGCGGGAGUGUGCCUUAUCGUCUCCGGAAGCCUUAAGCUCCUCCUGCCAUCGUUGGUCAAAGCUCGGAAACGGAAAAAAGGUGCGAAAUGAUUGUGGGGUCUUGGGGACGUGGCGGCUCUAUGGACUGGAUUUUGUGUUUUGUUGGAAUACCUCUUUCUACGGUUUCUACUGUGUUUUAUUUUACAAAUGACUUAUGUAUGUCUUGUAUUUUUUAUUUAAUACAUAUACAGAUGGAAUAACUAUUUUAUUGG